UUGUACACUCGUACUUUUUCUGUAACGCGUCCACCAAGUAGGCCAAAGUCUUUGAAACAGCGAAACUUCUCCAUGAUUUCCUAUUUUUCAAUUCCAAUCCCAAAAUCGCCUUCGAAGAAGCGAGGAUUUGUAAAACAAAACAAAAACCUCAGGAAGGAGAACGGGUAAACACUCCCAUAUUUCUCAUCCUGUAACCCCAAUCGAUCCCUGGUAGGUUUUCUGCGACAUUCUCCAUCCAAAUCUUGGUUUUUUUUUGAUCAAUUUGAAAUGGGUUAUCCUAGUUUUGAUCUUAUAUUGAAUGAGUUUUGAUUAAUCUCCAAUCUUUCUCAAAUCUUGAUUGAAUCUUGAACUGGGUUCGAUUUUCUGGUCACUUUUGUUGUUUUUUUUAGGGGAGUGUGAAAUAUUGAUCCAUGGGGGCAUUGUUUAAAUUGAAGAGGGUUUGAUUAGUUGGUCCUUGUGGUUAGUUUAUCUGCAUUUGUUGAUGUAUCUUGAUAGUGGUAUAGAAAAGGAUCGGCUUGUGAACGUGCCCAGCUCAUUUCCGGGUGUUCUCAGGCCAUUAUUGGCUCUACCCUUUGAACAAAAACUGUUCUCAUUUUGUGUCCAGAGAGAUAGAUGGGAUAGAGAGUUCUUCAAACUGCAGGGUGGGUAGUGAAAUUUACCUGAAUUUGUAAAGGGUUUUUGGCUGGAAAGUUGGUGUUGAGUAGAAAAUAGGAAUAAUUUGAGAUGGGUUCUUCGCAAGGGUCAACUUUGUCCACAAAUGUGGCUGGGUUUGUUGAUGGUUCAUCUGCGCCUGGGUUUGUUGAUGGUUCAUCUGCCCGUAAUGGCAUUUCGCACGUUGAUAGCUUACCCGUCUAUGUCAAGGAGCUAAUUGCAGGAGGUGCUGCUGGGGCAUUUGCAAAAACUGCAGUUGCUCCCCUGGAAAGGAUUAAAAUACUCUUGCAGACUAGAACUGAAGGGUUCCAUUCUCUUGGGGUCUAUCAAUCAUUAAAGAAGUUACUAAAGCAUGAGGGUGUUUUAGGAUUCUACAAAGGAAAUGGAGCUAGUGUCCUUCGGAUUGUUCCCUAUGCAGCAUUACAUUUCAUGACAUAUGAGCAGUAUCGUGUUUGGAUCUUGAACAAUUACUCUGCCUUGGGAACGGGCCCCAUUAUAGAUCUUUUAGCUGGUUCAACAGCCGGAGGAACAGCAGUUUUAUGCACAUAUCCCUUAGAUUUGGCUCGUACUAAACUUGCUUAUCAGGUUGUGGACACAAGAGGAAGUUUCAGGAAUGGUACGAGAAGUUCUCACUUGCAGCCUGCAUACAAUGGCAUAAAAAAUGUAUUAGAGAGUGUCUACAAAGAGGGGGGAGCACGUGCUCUAUAUCGGGGAGUAGGUCCUACACUCAUUGGUAUUCUUCCUUAUGCUGGUUUAAAGUUUUACAUCUAUGAGGAACUAAAGAUGCAUGUUCCCGAAGAGCACCAAAAGUCUAUUGUAAUGCGCCUUUCUUGCGGAGCUUUAGCUGGUUUAUUUGGGCAGACCUUCACAUACCCCUUAGAUGUUGUUAGGCGGCAGAUGCAGGUUGAACAUUCAGUACAAGGUGGUGCCAGAUACAAGAGCACAUUGGAGGGCCUUUCCACUAUUGUUCGUAAUCAGGGAUGGACACAAUUAUUUGCUGGGCUAAGCAUUAACUACAUUAAGAUUGUUCCUUCUGUUGCUAUUGGUUUCACUGCAUAUGACAUGAUGAAGCUUUGGCUGAACGUACCACCUCGACAGAAAUCACGAUCAGUGUCCACUGCAUAAAUCCGUUACCGAUCACUGAGAUACACCAUUAUACAUAUAUAAACUCGUUUAUAUGAUUCUAUGCCAUUUCUACAAUAGUGACAAAAGAAAGGCUUGUAAUCUCCCAUAUGACAUUGGAUUUGUGAUUUUCAUUAUUACUUGCGUGGAUUACUCGGGGUGCUUGACAAAACUUUUAUAUUUAAAAAUUGAGACACACUUUGCGUUGAUGAAAAUGGCAAUUUUCAAUUUGAGG